AUGAUGCUUCUGGGAACCUUCCUUCUCCCUGUUCUGUGUUUCCUGGGGCCAACAAUUCCACAGGAACUACAGUACCCCACCUUUUCGCACAAUGCCACCAAAUUUAUUCACUUCAUUAUGGAUCCCGAUUCAGGAACUCUGUAUCUGGGGGCUACAAACUUCCUUUUUCAAUUGACUCCAGACCUGGUGAUGGAAGAAGCCGUUUCCAUGGGCCCGAUCUUAGACAGCAAAGAUUGCCUUCCUCCUGUUUUCAAGCAGGAUUGUCCGCAAGCUCUGGAGACAGACAACUACAUCAAACUCCUGCUCAUCAACUCGCUAGAGAAAGAACUCAUUGUUUGCGGCAGUGUGUGGCAAGGGAUCUGUGAGAAGAGGACUCUCGGCUUCAUUAAACAUGUCCUCUUCCAACCCCAGACACCAGGAGACACUCAAUAUGUGGUCGCCAAUGAUCCCAAUAUUUCCACCGUGGGGCUGGUAGGUUACUCCAAAGAAAAUGUGCCACUUCUCUUUGUUGGCCGAGGAUACACCAGUCGGGGCGUUGGAGGAAGCAUCCCUCCCAUCACAACUCGCAAUCUCAGGGCCCACCCAGGAGAUGUGUCAGGGCCCAACUCCCACACCAUCUUCUCCUACGAGGAAACAGCCAAGCUGGCUGUGGGUCGACUCUCCGAAUACAGCCACCAUUUUGUCAAGUCAUUCACGCAUGGCUCCAGUGUCUACUUCCUGUUCUACCGGCGUGAUCUCAAGUCGCAGUCCCGGGAGUACAAGACGUACAUUUCCCGGAUCUGUCUGGACGAUGCCCACUAUUACUCCUAUGUGGAGCUGCCCUUGGUCUGCAGGAACCACGAGAAGACUUAUAGCCUCUUGCAGGCGGCCUACGUGGCACAGGCAGGGGUAGAAGGACAACCGGGAGAUGCACUUUUUGUGACUUUUUCUGCCUGGCAGGCUUCUUUGGGGAAGCUGAGCGAGGAAUCUGCACUCUGUGUUUAUCCCAUGGAGGAAGUAGAUCGCUUCAUAACUCAGACCAGGGACCUUUGUUAUACCAGGGACGGGAAAAUGGAGGAUGGCAGGGAGGUGGCCUACAUAGAAUACGAUGUCAGCUCUAGCUGCGUCCAGCUCUCAGCGGACACUUUGGCUGCCUAUCCUUGUGGUUCGGACCACACUCCCAGUCCCAUGGCGAGUCGAGUACCACUUGAAGCAGUGCCAGUACUGGAAAAAUCAGAUGCCCGACUAACUGCUGUGGCUGCCAGCAUCGAAGAUGGACACAUGGUUGUUUUCCUGGGUGACAGCCAAGGCCGACUACACAAGAAAUCUACGUCCAUUUGA